AUGCUUUCUCGUACUGUGCGUGCUCUUUGUGCAAGCUCUUCGCAGCCUAAUGGACGUCUAGCUCCUUACAUUAUUGCUCGUGCUAGUUUUCAUUCAUCUUGUACCAUUGGCAGUAGUUUUGUACAGCAUCGUGAUACGGAAGAUAACAAUGCUGAUACGCCGUUUGAUUUUACACCGGAAAAUUACGAGCGUGUACAUGCAAUUUUGGAUCGGUAUCCGGAAAACUACAAGACAUCGGCUAUUAUUCCAUUGCUCGAUCUAGCACAGCGUCAACAUGGUGGAUGGUUACCACUUGCUGCGAUGAAUAAAGUGGCACGUAUUGUAGAUGCUAAACCUAUUCAAGUGUAUGAGGUGGCUACAUUCUAUACCAUGUUUAAUCGUGAAAAGGUGGGCAAGUACUUUAUUCAACUCUGUGGUACGACACCCUGCAUGAUCUGCGGCUCGGAAGAGAUUAAAACGACAAUUGAGGACCAUCUUGGUAUUAAGGAAGGAGAAUCGACAGAGGAUGGUAUGUUUACGCUGCGGGAAGUCGAGUGUCUUGGUGCGUGCGCCAACGCCCCCAUGGUCCAGAUUAAUGACGAUUACUACGAAAACUUGACGCCUAAGACAACACGUGAACUACUGGACGCUUGCAAAAAUGGUGCUCCGCCUCCGAUGAACAAGUGGGGCAGUUUGCCCAUGAACGGACAGCUGUCGUGCGAAGGGCCGCAAGGGAAGAGUACACUGAAAUGGGACAAGGUGCCUGGACCGGGAUUUCGGAUGCGUCCGGACGACGAACUCAAGCCCAAGGUGAACCCAAAGGACAUCAAGGACGCCAUGCUGUACUGA